GGAAGGGCUGAAACAGACGUGUUGGAGCCGCCUGGUCUCCCGCCUUCAUUUCCCAUCGUGCUGAGGCGGGUGGUAUGGCGGAGAAGGAUGACACCGGAGUUUGACGAAGAGGUGGUUUUUGAGGAUCAUCCUGUCAAUUUCAAUGAAAAAGAAAAAAACUAAGAUUUUGAUCGAGAUUGCCUUGAAUCCAAAGAUUAAUUUGGGGAGAUUUGACAUCUUUACAAUAUUGAGUCUUCCGGAGCAUUAACAUUUAUUGCUUGCCUUCUAAAUGAGUACGAAUUCUCCACUUUAUCAGUACUUACAGGAUCUAGGACACACAGACUUUGAAAUAUGUUCUUCUUUGUCACCAAAAACAGAAAAAUCCACACCAACAGAGGGACAACAAAAGCCCCCUACGAGAGCCUUCUCAAAACAAGUCAUCCUGUUAAAAGUGGCUGAAACCAUCAAAAGUUGUUUUUUUUUCCCUCCGUGCAGUAAGAAAGAUGAUUUACUUCACAAGUUGGAUAUUGGAUUCCGACUCAACUCACUGCAUACCAUUCUGCAACAGGAAGUCCUGUUACAAGAGGAUGUGGAGCUGAUUGAGCUACUUGAUCCUAGUAUCCUGUCUGUAGGGCAACCUCAGCAACAGGAAAAUGGACACCUUCCAACGCUUCGUUCCCUGGCAACCCCUAAUAUUUGGGAUAUCUCAAUGCUAUUUGCCUUCAUUAGUUUACUCAUUAUGCUUCCCACUUGGUGGAUUGUAUCUUCCUGGUUGAUAUGGGGAGUGGUUCUAUUUGUUUAUCUGCUCAUAAGAGCUUUGAGAUUAUGGAGGACAGCCAAACUACAACUGACUCUUAAAAAAUACAACGUCCAUUUGGAAGAUACAGCAGCAAAUAGUAGAGCUUUUACUAACCUUGUAAGAAAAGCAUUACGUCUCAUCCAAGAAACUGAAGUCAUUUCCAGAGGCUUUACACUUUUGCUUGACAGGGUCAGUGCUGCUUGCUCAUUUAAUAAAGCUGGACAGCAUCCCAGUCAGCAUCUCAUCGGUCUUCGGAAAGCUGUCUACAGAACUGUAAGAGCCAACUUUCAAGCAGCAAGGCUAGCUACCCUAUAUAUGCUGAAAAACUACCCCCUGAACUCUGAAAGUGACAAUGUAACCAACUACAUCUGUGUGGUGCCUUUUAAGGAACUGGGCCUUGGACUUAGUGAAGAGCAAAUUUCAGAAGAGGAAGCACAUAACUUUACAGAUGGCUUCAGCCUACCUGCAUUGAAGGUUUUGUUUCAACUGUGGGUGGCACAGAGUUCAGAGUUUUUCAGACGAUUAGCCCUGUUACUUUCUACAGCUAAUUCACCUCCUGGGUCCUUACUUACUCCAGCGCUUUUGCCUCAUCUUAUUUUAUCUGAUGUGACUCAAGGUCUACCUCAUGCUCAUUCUGCUUGUUUGGAAGAGCUUAAGCGCAGCUACGAGUUCCAUCGGUACUUUGAAACUCAGCACCAGUCAGUACCCCAGCGUUUGUCCAAAACCCAACAGAAGUCCAGAGAAUUGAAUAGUGUUCACACAGCAAUACGCAGCUUGCAGCUCCAUCUGAAAGCAUUACUGAAUGAGGUAAUCAUUUUUGAAGAUGAACUUGAAAAGCUUGUUUAUACUAAAGAAACCCAAGAACUAGUGUCAGAAGCUUAUCAAAUCCUAGACCAGAAAUUAAAGUUGAUUCAGCCCCAUGUUCAAGCAAGCAACAGUUGCUGGGAAGAAGCCAUUACUCAGGUGGACAAACUGCUACAAAGAAAUACAGAUAAAAAAGGCAAGCCUGAAAUAGCAUGUGAAAACCCACAUUGUACUGCAGUACCUUUAAUUCAGCCUAUUCUGCACAUUGCAGAUAAAGAUCCAAUCCCUGAAGAGCAGGAAUUAGAAGCUUAUGUAGAUGAUAUAGAUCUUGACAGUGAUUUCAGAGAGGAUGAUUUUUAUUACUUGUCUCAAGAAGACAAAGAGAGACAGAAGCGAGAACAGGAAGAAUCCAAGAGGGUACUCCAGGAAUUAAAAUCUGUACUGGGAUUUAAAGCAUCAGAGGCAGAAAGACAGAAGUGGAAGCAACUUCUGUUUAGUGAUCAUGCUGUGUUGAAAUCCUUGUCUCCUGUAGACCCAGUGGAACCCAUAAAUAAUUCAGAACCAUCUAUGAAUUCAGAUAUGGGAAAAUUUGGUAAAAAUGAUACUGAAGAGGAAAAUAGUAAACUCUCCACAACUGACAGUGAAAUAAGUAGGACUGAGUAUUCAUGUGAAAUCCCUCUACAUGGUAAAAAUAAAGACAAUUCUGCAAAUGAAGUCUUCAUCCAAGGAGCUGAAGAAAGAGUAUAUUACCAAUGUGAGAGUGAAGAUGAUUCUCAGCAGGCAGAUAUAGGUGGCCUGGCCACUGCCCAGCCAACCCCCAGAGACUCAUUACAGCCUUCCAUUAAGCAGAGGCUGGCACGGCUACAGCUGUCAUCAGAUUUUACCUUCACUGCUGGCAUUGCUGCAGAAGUGGCUGCUAGAUCUCUCUCCUUUACCACCAUGCAGGAACAGACUUUUGGCGAUGAAGAGGAGGAAACGGAACAAAUAAUACAAGAAAAUAAAAAUGGGGUAGACAAAAAAUAAGAACCAAGAUUCACAUAUUUUAAAUUCUUCUAUUUAUUAAAGUGUUUUAGCUUCAAGACUAGAUAUUCCACCGAAAAGGGAAAAUGAGUGUAAGUUUACAUAUAUAGCUAAGAUACAAAUUUAUAGGGAGAACCUUGGUUACAACAACUGAUAUGAAAAUAGUAGUUACGUAUAAAUGGCAGAUCUUUUAGGAAAGUAAGAGAAAGGUAAGGGUUCUCUUGAAGAAUCUGCUGUUUUAUUUGUGGCAAAAUGCUCUAUCUUGGAAAUUCAUUAAAUACUUUUUAUAGGAAAUGAAUUUAUCAUUUCUUGCCUAAAUUUGCUAGCAUAAGGUGACUGGGAUAAUUUUGUUGCAAGAACAAUUAAUAUGACUCCUUUUUACUUUAUUCUUGCAGUUAAUAACUGCAGGUAUUACAUAUUUAUGACAAGUUGUUUGUAUGUUCUUUUGUUUUAUACCAGUCAUUAAAAAAAAAAAGAUACAGGUUCUGAAUAAAAAAAUUCAAUUCAUAUGAUCAAUGUGUGCUGGGGUUUGAAACUAAAAAAUACUUUAUUUUUCAUAAAAGUACUUUCAAAAGUACUUGGAGUAUGAUGUGCUUCUUUUAUGUUUCCUUGUACAUACAUGUAUUCAGUAGUUAAUUUUAAGAUGUCCUAAUGAUCUUUAAAAGAAAAACUACCAUUUUAAGAAUUACUCUGAAAUUUUUUGUCACUUAAGAAAAUUUCUUCUGUUCUUGUCGUCCUUAAGAAACAGUAUCUAAGUGGAAUCCCUGUGGUUCAAGGGCCUGUCCCCAGAUUGGCAGAAAGUUCAUUUUCUCAAUUUGCCUACAGAGAAUCUGGUGUCAUUAACACCAGGAGGUCACAGUGCUACUGAUUUCUAGCCUGAAGCCAUACCCUAUCCACCUUGACUGGAUUCCGGAGACUUUUAUCAGGUUUCUGGAAAGAUCCUUGUCUCCUUAAUAUUUCAUUUACAAAUUACUUCUUAAAAGAGGUUGCUUUCCAUAUUGUCUAGUUUAACUGUUUUUGUGUUGUGAUUGCAUUUUCAGAGAGUUAUAUUUUCAGGAGUACACUGUUUUUAAACCUAUGGCGCCUAUGUACUGACACAGUUAAUAUACAUUAUUUUGGGAAAAUAUAGAAAUAACUCAAUUUAUGCUGCUGUCCUAGAAAAGGAAUUACUUGAUGAUUCUAAAUUGUCUGUAGACUUUUUGAAAACACACUUGAAAUCCUGUAAAAAGUAAACUUACUUGUGCUGUUUAGCAUGACUGAAGGGGGUUUUUUCUCCAAUAAUCUAAGGAAAUUUAUCUUUUCUCUUGAGGGAAAACUUAGUUCCCCUUUUUAUAAAUAGUAUUCCAUAUAUAAUAAUGUAUUAUAUGAGUAACUUUGCCUGUUGCCAAAAUUCUGGGAUAAUCAUCAUUAAGCUGUUAGAAGCAGUAUCUUCAGGUCGUCCUUGCUUAUCACUUGAAAAUGGCAAAAUUUCAAGGAAAAAAAUCUUGUGUUCUGACGAUUUUAUUCCUAAAUUCUAAUACUUUAGAGUUUACUUUUUAAUUUAAAUUACAUAUUUAGUUUACCGGCUCCUUUUUUCCUUGGAUUUAGGAGAAGCAUUUGUGGAAAAACUGUAAUCUUUCUUAUGGUGUAUUACCUUAAACAGGAAAAAUUAAGAGUUAGUUUAAUACUUUUUAAUUCUUUUAUUAUCUUUUAUUUUAAUUACACAAGAUUUAAUGAGGUUUGGAGAAAAUUCAUAAUAUUGUAUCAGUUAUUCAAUGCACUGAGUAGAUACUUUUUAAUUUUGAAAGACUAAGAAAUUUUAAUCAGGAAUUCCAAGUCUUCCAGUCUGAUCUGUUUUAUUCACUAUCAGUUACUUAAGUUCCAUGAAAAUUCUAUUUGUUGAAAUCAUGAUAUAAAGAUCUUAGAAUUUUAAUGGAAUGUUCAUUUUUUGGGUGUGGUUUUCAAAAUUUCUUUCAAAAUAUUUCCAUGAGAAAACAUUAUCUCCCCUGAGAAUACUAGUUUCCCCUUAUAAUAACCUAAAUCAGCAUUUCUCACUUGACUGGGUCACCUGCAUCACUAUAACCUGAAGGGCUUAUUUUUAAAAUGAAGAUUCUAGUCCAUCCUCCAGUGAUUCUUAGACAAUACUUGUGGAAUGUGUCCUAGGUGAUGUUUAUGCAUGGGAAAAUCUAAGAAUCUCUGUCUAAUCUCUGUCUAGGAUUUUGUUAUUCUUACCAUGAAUACCUUAGCAAAUAUAAACAAUUAGGCUAAUGAAAUAUAAAUAAUAAAAUAAUAAGGCCAAUGUAAUAUAAGUAUUCUUUUCUAAGAAUAUUUUAUUUCUGUUAUUAGGCUUUUGGCUUGUUUUAAUAGCUACCAUCUUAUAUCCAGAAAAGCCCUCCUGGGGGUGAGUGGGGGGAGGGCAUUGGGGAAAUUUAUAAUUCUUAUUUCUAAAUUUUACAAUAUUAUGUUGUCCGCAUAAUUAAUGAACAUUUCCAUAGUUUGUUUUACUAGGACAAAUCUAGUACUUAACCUAAGAAUGCAUAUAAGAGGCUAUUAGGUCACUCUUUGUCCAGUUAGAAAAGUCAUGGCAAUAAAUGAUCUGGUAACAGUAAACAUGCCUUAAACCCGUUUUUCUGGUUUCAUUAAAACAUUGCAUUCCUGGCAUAUGUAGGGCCAGACUCUUGCUGGUCUUUGAUUGUGAUCCUAAAUUUAAAUCCCAGAGCCUUCACCUAAAAGCCACAAAUACAGUGACCUAAUAAUGUGUGUGUGUGUGGGGGGGGUUAAUCCAGCAAACCCCAUAGUCACUGAAUUAUUAAAUAGGAUGUUUGUGAUUUUUUUUUACUUCUAAGAAGUAGUUGAAAGGGAAAUAAAACUCUUGAGGCUGAAAGAUAAGAUCUGGUUAUAAAUAUGGUACUAAAAUAGAUAAGCAAUGUUAGCUUAAUUUUCUUAAAAAACAGUAAUACUCUGAUGCACAUAAAAAUUGUGAAGCUUUUAAUGUUAAAGGAUAAGAAGAGUUGAGUUCUGAUCCAUUUCAUAAAAUUACAGGUCAUUGGAGUAUUAAUCAGAAGGGACCCUAGAGGUGAAUUCACUCUGGUGACUUGGGUUUUUUACUUAGACACCACUAGUAAUGUGAAAUAUGAAAUAUUUUGACAAAUUAUUAGAAAUCAUGUGAAAAAAGUUUAUUUGAUUUAGUUUAAUCAUAGUACAUUGUUUCUAUACCCUACCUAAAAAAAAGAAAACAAGAACUGAAUACCAGAAGACUGUGGUAUUAUAACUCAGCUUAAGUCAUUGAACUGAAAUUGAUACUAUGCCAAGAAUGACAACCAGACAAGACAUAAAGAUUAAUUUAUUCUUCCAAUUUCUAUUUUUUAAAAACAUAUAUAUGCAGUUCACACUUAGUAGAAACCGAAGCUGCAGAUAUUUUAGAAAGAGAAAAUAUGGGGGGAAAAAACACCCUAAGUACAGUAACAAUUCAUAUAUCUGUCACUGACAAGUGAUUAACUUGCAUAAGUUAAUUUUUCAGAUAACUGACGUAAAUCCAUUUAAUCUAAAAUGUAUUUUCUACUUCUCCACUUUUUUAGAGUAUAUUGACUGUAAUUUAAUCUUUUCUUUGCCAUGAUUAAGAACAUCAGUUCUUAUGAUGAUAUGAUAAACGGAAAUUCAUCCUGAGGGGCUACCGAGGUAUAUAAUGUCAUAUGCCCCUUUACUACAUGACCUCACAUUGCUAUGCUUUUGAGGAUGUCUGUUUUUCACAGUUUCUCUGUCUUCCUUUAUAAUCAGCUAUCCCUUUUUGCUGCUGUCUUGUGUGCCUGACUCCUGCAAUAGGCCUCUAAUUUGCUGCUUCUAAUCUGCUGUGGACUGAGAAACCAGAUUGCCAAACUUGCUAGAAUUGUGUCUAAAAUAAGAGUAAGUAGACUGAGAGAGGGCUAAGGGCCUUUUCUGUCAGUAAAGUGCAUGGACUUUGUGACACCUGUUUGGCUGCUUUAGCAUACUUUCACUUGCCUCUUAGUUCUUCACUAAGAACUUGCUAAAAUACAUGGUUGAAUAUGUGAUCGCCAUAUAUCUGAAGUGUUAAUUCAGUUUGUAUGUAUGUGUGUUUUUAGGACUCUCCAUUAAUGAAUUCAGUCUUCAAAAGAAAAGUUAUCUUUUAAUAAAUCAUUGUGUAUUUAUCAGGAAAAUGUUAAAUAUUUUGAUCUUGUUAAUUGUUCUUAAUACAGUACACAGUCUUAAAACUUACAGCACUAUAAAUGUGAAUUCAACUCUGUUCACUACGAUUUAUAUCCUAGAACUACUGGUUUGAGAUUAAACAUGCAUGGCUAAUUUAGUAUGACCUGGCUAAUGAAAUAUUUGGGGAUUGUGUCGUUUUAGAUAUCCCAGUUUUCUAUGGUGCAUAAACUAAAGCAUCAAAACUUUUUGGAAAAAUUUCUAAUGGAAAUCUUUAUAAAACUUAUAUGCACUUCUGUCUUCUUAGAUAAUACAGGAAAUACAUUUGAACUUUUCUGUGUUAAAAUGAUCAUUAUUUACAUUAGUUAUUAUGCUCUGAUACAUUAGUUAGGCACGGAGAACUAUUUGCCCAGUGCUGAAUCAUUCAUUCUGUUCUUUUUUGGUUUUCAUGUCUUUGUUUUCUAAUAAUCAUUCUGAUUUCUCCAUUUAUGUUACUGCUUGCUUAAGUGUGCCUUUAGCAGUAGCCUUUCUCUGCCUUCAUAAUGCUGCUUCUAAUCUACUUUGGUUUUGAAAACCAGAUGACUAAACUACCUAGGAUUAUAAAUUAAUAGUAAAUUGAUACAGAGUAAAGAUGUGAAGAACCUGAUUAUAUUUAAGUGGGUGCAUUUCGUGACUUGUUACUCACUACCUGUUUCACUGCUAUCCUUAAAAUAAGUGAAGUUAACGGAUUAGAUACUGCACCUGAAAUAGUCAAGAGUUGUUUCGUGCAAAGGAUCUACUCUGUUUCUAUACUUCACCUUCUAUAUAGUUAGUUCUAUACUCUAAUUUCCUGGCUCUAUUAAAAGCACUGGAGUUAGCGUUUUCUACAGGAUUUUCUAUUUGACUUGGAUACCACAUACUGCUAAAAAUUUCUUUGCCUACUUUUUUUUUUAAAGAGAAAUGCAUCUUCAUUUCCAAAACAAGAAGUAGAUUGAGCCCUGAAAAAUAAGAAAACAUUUAUUAUUGAUAAUGCAGGGAUCUGAGGAGUAAUAAGGUUUUUAGAUUCUUAAGUAAUUUUAAUGUAUUUAUUCUUUGAUUUUACUAGUUUUUAAAAGUUUUCUUUUAAUGUAAUUAAAGGAAAUUAUGUAAAAGAAUUAUGUAAAAAAAGUAUGUAAAAAGCUUGCCAAAUAUUAUCAGUAUUAGAUUUAAUGAUAUUGACAGAUAUUUGAAUGACUGAAUUCCCACUGUCAUUCUGUAUUUUGACAUGUUUAAAUUAUCAUUUAAUGUGUUAAAUAAUCAAGCAGGAUUGCUUUUCUUUCUUAGAUGAAAAAUAAACAUUUAUGAAAUUUGCAUGGUAUAAGAGUUGCAAGUAAAAUUCAAAUCUGUCAGUUGUUUUAGUAACUGUAUGUUGAUUCAUCCUUCCGUCACAUACAUGGUGAUUCAAACCAGUUUCUUGAGUUGAUACUGCCAUUACAGAAGAAACAGUCAAAAUGCCAAACCUGGGUUGGUGAUACAAGGAAAAAAAUUCUCUUCGAGUAUAUUUGUGAGAGGAAAGUGAUUCUACUCAGCAUAAUUCUUAUAAACCUAAAAAAGGAUGAAUCGAUUACAGGAUUCAUAUAUGCAUGAAUAUGGAAGUUGAUUUUAUGAAUAUCCUAUAAUGUAAUAAACUAAAGUGCAUAUAUUUUUAAUGCUAUAUAUUUUAAUAUAUUUUAGCCUGUCAACAAUGAAAUUAGUGUAUUUCAUCCCUAUUUGCUGAAUUUCACUUGGCAUAUAUCAAACAUUAUUACAGUAGGACAAAAGAAUAGAUUUAUGACUAUAUUUUCUUUUAAAAUUGGUAUAUUCUAUGGAAUAUGGUUGUAGAAAUAUAUAUAAGAGCAAAGCAAUCAUGUAUUCUUUUCCCCUUCCUAAGUAAA